AUGGCAGGCUCGUCCCUACUUCGCCUUAACAUACUACCCCUGACGCUAUUUUCGCUGCUGAAAUCGCAGCUCACCGCAGCAGCUCCAUCACCGCAGCCUGAUUCAACCGAUUAUGAGGGAGUCGUUCCUGGAAGCCUUGGGGACGCUGGUUCAAAUGGGUCCACGGGCUCGUCUGGAGCAGAUCAUGGGUCAAUCAGGAUACCAAAAGGCGGCCUGAUAGCAAUCAUCAUCGUGGUGGUAAUAGUUGUUAUCAUUGGAAUAACCACUGGCAUCUUAUUCUACCAAGCAAAACGAAGACAAUGGACGAUGAGAGAAACAAUGCGGUACUCUGUCCGCAAAGUCGCCGAGUCUAUCAAAUCUCCAAUGACCCCUACAUUCAGAAGCCGGGCUCAAUACCCAAUGACUCCCGCUGGGGCUAGGGCCGUGGCAUCGCGACAACCAAAGUCUUCACUACAGCCCAAAAAUCCGAUGUCUCAAUAUCAAAACCGUCCGACACAAUCAAGCGAUAAGUACCCACGUAUGGCUGAGGAAGAGAAAGGACGGAGUGGCCAGUCGAACUUUAAUUUCUCCAAGCUUCUCUCGUCCAAAAAUGGGAGAUGA